GCUUGGGCGAGUUCACACUUCGGUAUCAUUAUUGAAGACGUCCGCACGACCACACCUCCAACUCUCAACAAACUCACACCGAUUGUCGCGGCCACGAUGGACGAUACCAUGAGCGAUGAACAUAGCUCGCGGAGCAACGACGACCAGGAUGAGGAGAGGCAGCACAAGAUCAUCAACGAAGAGUACAAGAUCUGGAAAAAGAACUCGGUCUUCCUCUACGAUAUGCUCUACGGGCGCGCGCUCGAGUGGCCUACACUCACCACACAAUGGCUGCCUGAUAAGAAGCCCGUCGACGGCACCAACAUGAGCCAGCACCGCGUGAUCCUGGGCACCCACACAUCGAACCAGGCGCAGAACUACCUGCAGAUCGCCCACUGCGAGAUCCCCGACUUCCGCACGCCUGACCUGUCUGAGGUCGGCGAGGACCGCGAUGAGGUCGGCGGUCACGGCCAUGCGAAACGGCCGUUCGACUUCAAGAUCGUGCAAAAGAUCAACCACCCCGGCGAGGUUAACAAGGCGCGGUACCAGCCGCAGAAUCCAGACAUCAUUGCGACCUUUUGUCCAGACGGCAGGGCGCUCAUCUUCGACCGUACAAAACACCCCCUGCAGCCAAAGGGCGAUGCCGUCCAAUUCGAGGCCGAGUGUGUGGGUCACGAAAAGGAAGGGUUCGCGCUUAGCUGGAGCCCCUUCCACGAGGGUCACUUGGCCACCGGUGGAGAAGACACCACCAUCAAGACAUGGGAUAUCAAGAGCGGUUUCUCCAAGACCAACAAGACCAUCAGCCCCACCGCCACGUACACCAUUCACACCGCGACAGUAAACGACAUCCAGUACCACCCCAUCCACAACCACCUCAUUGGUUCGGCGUCCGACGACCUCACAUGGCAGGUCAUCGACACGCGCAUGGAGUCGCACAAGACAGCGCUCUGGAGAAAGAUGGCGCACGAAGACGCUGUCAACAGCAUUGCCUUCCAUCCCGAGUGGGACUCACUGUUGGCCACUGGGUCUGCGGACAAGUCUAUUGGCAUUUGGGACCUCCGCAACUUCGAGAAGCCGCUACACAGCCUGCAAGCGCACAAGGGCGAAGUUAUGAGCCUGCAGUGGCACCCACAGGAUGCCUCUAUCCUUGCAAGCUCAGGCAAUGAUCGCCGCAUCCUGCUGUGGGACACCAGCAAGAUUGGUGAUGAGCAGACAGAGGAGGAGGCUGAGGACGGGCCGCCUGAGCUACUCUUCAUGCACGGCGGCUUCACAAACCGCAUCUGCGACUUCGACUGGAACAAGAACGAUCCUUGGGUCAUGAUGGGUGCCGCAGAAGACAACCAGCUGCAGAUCUUCCGCCCUGCCCGCAAGCUCGUUGAGCCUGUCCAACAAACUGUCAACCACGGAGAGGUUUCAGACUAGACUCUAAGUUGUGUCAAGCUUCUUGUGACUGACGUGCGGUCGCAGGCAGUAUCUACCAACGAGAGCUUGCCCGAUGUUCUGAGGGCUCCACCAAUGGGAGCACCUCUACCGCUGCAGGACUUUAAGCUUCGUCCUCGUCCACCGCCAGCUUGCACAGAGGAAACGCCCUAGACUCGCACGCACCGCUAGUUGGAAGGAAGAAAAAGGUGCCGCAAUGAGUUUGAUGGACGGAGCGGAUACAUGUAGCAUCGAACACAUGGAGGCGUUCGGCGCACAAAACGGAUAUCCAGAGCAGCGUCAGCUCUCAAUUGCAAUUGAAUCAAUUAUAACA